AUGGCAAAGACCGUUUUCGUUCGGAACCUACCGUUCUCGACGACAGACGAACAGUUGCAAGAACUUUUUAAAGACGCGGGAGAGAUCAAACGGAGCUACGUCGUAAGAGAUCGAGGUGUUCGAGACAAAUGCCGCGGCUUCGGCUAUGUGACGUUUACGACGCAGGAAUUAGCCGAGAGCGCCGUGAAACAGAGUAUAAAAAUGAAAGGACGGCUCAUAAAUCUUUCUCUCGCCGAUAAAAGACCGUUGAAAAAGCGGUCACGUGAUGUUGCCUCGGAGUCCAUUUCUUCGGUUGCGAAGCGACAAAAGAGCCAAUCCAAACCGCCAUCCGAUGUGGGACGCACUGUUGUAUUGAAGAACCUCGCAGAAUCGGUGACAAAGAAACAGAUUUAUAAAAAAUGCAAAAAGUUUGGAGAAAUUGAAGAGACACAGUUUCCUGUCGAGAAUAGAGACGACGGCACAGCGAUUGUCAAGUAUUUGAAACACAAAGAUGCCCGGAUAUGCAUACGGGAUCUGAACGGUCACGUGUUCAAAGGAAAAUCUGUCGCGGCCGUUCUUGCUUCGAAGGAAGGCAAGGAGCCGUCGAGAGCUUCACUAUUGAAAUCAAGACUUAUUGUGAGAAACUUGUCAUUCCGGUGUUCGGAAGCCGAACUGCUGGAAACGUUUUCGAAGUAUGGGAAUGUGGUCGAGGUCUCGAUACCUGUGAGGAAGGGGAGCGAUGGCAUUCGUAUCGGUUGCGCGUUCGUUCAGUUUACGAACGUGUUUGAGGCUGCAAGAGCAAUGAAGUACGUGAACGCAACAGAAAUUGAUGGAAGGACCGUGGCAGUCGAUUGGGCAUUGCCGAAAGACAGAUACCGAGCUGCAAUGGCUGACAAACAUGCCGGAAGUGAGGAUCCAAGUGACGUUGAAUCGAUGAGUGAAGAAAGUGAUCGCAGUGUCGUUAGACAAGACGAAGACGAAGAAGAGGAGGAAAGUGAUGCAGAAAGUGAUGAGAAUGGAAGUACAGAAGAGGAGAACAAACAGCCUGAUGUAUCUACCGUGUCUAAGAAGCUCUCGGUGAAACACUAUCAACCCGAUGAUGCCAGCGAAGGACGAACGGUCUUUGUUCGGAGUUUGCCGUUCGAUGUCGACCAGUCGACGGUCAAGGAUCUGUUCUCUCAGUACGGUGAUCUUCGUUAUUGUCGUCUGAUUGUUGACCCCAGAACCGGUCUCCCCAGAGGCACGGCAUUCAUACAAUACAAGGAACAGAGUGGUUUCGAUUAUUGUCUAGCUGAAAGUAACUUGACAUUGGACGGUCGUAAACUAGAAGUAAUGAAGGCAAUCACUCCGAGUCAAGCUAAGGACAUUUCUAAACAAGCAUCAAAGUUGAAAGAGAAGAAACAUGAGGACAAGAGAAAUCUUUACUUAGCAAAGGAAGGGUUGAUACUACCAGGUUCGGCUGCAGCAAACGAGUUAUCGAAGGCUGACCUUGCUAAGCGGCACAAAGCUGAGACAGAGAAACGUUCAAAGCUGAAGAAUCCAAACUUUAUCGUUUCAACGACAAGACUGUGUGUGAGGAACAUCCCGCUGAGUGUCAACGACAGCCAACUGAAAGGCUUGUUUGCGAAGGCCGGGGGUGUUCCCAAGUCUGGAGUGUUACAAGUGAAGGUUUUGAGGAACCCCGACAGGAUGGACAGCAGUGGUAUUGCUCGUUCCAGAGGCUUUGCUUUCAUCGAGUUUCGUGACCAUCAAGCUGCCUUGAAGGCAUUACGUCACACAAACAACAACCCCGACUGUUUUGGACCAGACAGACGACUGAUUGUCGAAUUUGCUCUUGAGAACCAGCAAGUGCUCAAAUCAAGACAUCAAAAGAUGUCGAGACAGAAACGAUUGCCGCCUAAAACGAGGCAACAAUUGAAAGGAAUACAAAAGAAAACGACAGUUGAUAAGAUCGAUUCAGUUUCCGAAGGCAGUGAGAAAGUUAGUAACAGUCGCAAGAAAAAGUCUGAGAAAAGAAAGGAAAUGGCACUUUCUGGUGUGUCUGGAAAGAAGUUGAAUGGAAAACAACUCAAAGGUGGAAACAAUAGACAGACAGCAAUGCAAAGACCACAGAGACAAGAAAGGGUGAGAUUGAGACGUAAUGAUCGAACUGGUUCGACAGAGAAGAAGAAGAAGAUUAAGAUCAAAGUCGAUCGAGAUGAAGAGUCGUUUUCAAAGAUGGUGGAAAACUACAAGACAAAACUGUUUGGGAAAGACGCUUUAAUGGACAGAUCGCGUUGGUUUGAGUGACACUAGUGUACUGUU